UUGGGAGAACGAUUGCAAAAGAUUCCGGUAUCAUGAUUCUACGGAAAGUGUCCCCGUUCCUGCCGGCUGCAGUUCGCCGUUACAGCUACAAACCGGUCCGGCGAGUCUCGCUUCCACCAGCGAGUAAACUUAACACCCCGGGGGCGGACGAGAACAAAGCUGCAAACGGUGGCCGGUCACCGGUUUCGCUGAAGGAUGAACUACAAUCACGAAUCCGUGCCACCGGACCUAUACCGGUGGCCACCUAUAUGAAGCAGGUUUUGACCAAUCCGGCAUCCGGUUACUACAUGACCCCGGACGAAGUGCUCGGAAGCAAAGGUGAUUUUGUUACAUCACCUGAGAUUGGGCAAAUAUUCGGAGAAAUGAUUGCCGUCUGGUUUCUGACUGAGUGGUCCAAAUUUGGACGUCCCUCGCCGUAUCAACUAGUUGAGCUGGGUCCCGGUAAAGGAACAAUGAUGAAAGAUAUCCUGAGGGUAUGCGAUGGUCUCAAUGUGACGCCCGGAUUAUCGAUUCAUUUAGUUGAAAUGAGCGAACAUUUGAGUAAAGUUCAGGCCAGCACCCUGUGUAUCAGUAGUUCGGAGUUCAGCGAUAAACCAUUUUACCGAUCUGGUUACACAGCUUCCGGUACAAAAGUGUUCUGGUACCGUCAACUGGAGGAUGUCCCGGAAACGUUUUCCAUCAUUCUGGCUCACGAAUUCUUCGACGCACUUCCAAUACACAAAUUUCAACAACAUGAAUCCUCAUGGAAGGAGGUGCUGAUCGAUAUCGAUCCAGCUGAUGAGGGUAAAUUCCGUUUCAUAAACUCAAAUGCGGAGACCCCAAUGUUAAGGAUGUUUCUGAACAAUUAUCAACACUUAGUUAGAGAUCGAAGCAGUAUAGAAAUUUCGUUCGAUUCGGAACUUAUUAUUCGCCAGAUCGGGAAACGGUUCAAUUCGGUUGGAGGUUUCGCUCUGAUAGUAGACUACGGCCAUCUGGGUGAAAAAGGUGACACGUUCCGGGCUUUCAAAGCUCACAAACUGCACGAUCCACUGAUGGAUCCGGGUGCGGCAGAUCUGACAGCCGAUGUCGACUUUUCCAUCUUGAAACAGUUUUGUGAGAGGACGGGACAAAUUUUCACCGUUGGUCCAACAAGCCAACGGGCAUUCCUGGAGAUGGCCGGUGCACAAGAACGUUUAAAGGUGUUGGUUGAGGCGGCUGAGGGUGAAGAUCAAAAACGGCUUCUGGAGAAUGGUUUUCAUAUGUUGACCGAUCCCGAGCAGAUGGGCGAAAGGUUUAAAUUUUUCGGACUGUUUCCCAAGGAGCUGGAAAGUUUUCUGAAAUCUAGUCGAUGAUGAUUGUUGAGAAUGCACCAAAAGGUAGAAAGUUAAUGAAGUAAUUUAUUGAACAAACUGAGAGGGCUUUUAUUCAACAAAUGUAUCACAAAUCAGUCCAAGUCAGUGUUCUUGAUUAAAACAUGAGGUGGUUCUAGAUGAUCACGCUGAGAAACGUCGAUCGAGACAUGAAAUGGAUACGUUCUGCAAAUUAUUCAUCAAAAUGUCGGUCUACAGACUGAG